UAACGUGUUAUAUUGUUAUAUUAUCGAAUUGCACCUGUGUUUCAUAUAGUAGGAUUUCGUUGUAUACUGGCCUAGUUAAGAGAUUUUCAUAAUAGAAAUCAGCUGUUUUUCGUCAUGAACAGCUGAUUAAAAUAGAACGCGUGUUAUAUUACGACGUGCUGUGUGGAAAAUAGGUGGACAUUGAACGUUAUAUUGUAAUAGUCUCUACUGAGGGUAAAGUUACGGAACUAACGGAUCGUGUAUUCACAGUAUAUAUUAAACAUGGCAAUUGACAAAACAGUGGAAGUAUCACUAAGCCAUGUUGAUGCGGAACUUGGGGACGGGUCUGUGACUGGUGGCAACACUGACGAUCACCGUAGACCAGUGUCUCCUACACCACUUGGAGACAAAGCAGAGGCAGAGACACCAGAUGUCCAGGAAACCGCCAAGAAAGAUCCAGAAAGCAAUAAAAAUGAAGGUUUACCGAUAGAUCGAGGUUGGGCGUGGGUGGUGCUCGCUGGAGCUACUUUUUAUCUCAUCUUAUUUGGCGGAAUAAAGAAGAACUAUGGAAUCUUCUUCGUAGCCAUCCAGGAUAGGUUUGGAUCCACAGCCUCUCUGACAUCUUUUCUGACUACCAUGCAAAACCUUCUCAUGAGUUUCGCGUCCUUAGUCAACAUGACUGUAGGAAUGCAGUUCAUGUCAAACCGGAUGUCCAUUAUGCUAGGAGCUAUGAUUCUCACAAUAUCUCACAUCAUAUCAGCAAACGCCACAGAUAUAAGCAUGUUGUUUGUGUCAAUAGGAUUUAUAGAAGGGAUUGGAACAGCCUUAGUUCACCCACCAGUCACAGCCACAAUUGGAGAAUAUUUCCACAAAAGACGUGGACUGGCUAACGGUUUAGCAUUUAGUGGAGCUAGUUUUGGAAGUUUGAUAUUUGCUCCGAUCUUUUCAGCUUUGUUUGACGACUACGGUUAUUCUGGAACUUUUAUGAUAGUAGCCGGUAUGACAUUUAACAUGCUUGUGACUGGUGCUCUACUAAGGCCGAUUAAGUCGUUUGAAAGACACAAAUCGGCAGUCAAUCAAAAAGAUAAAAACACAAAGCAUAUCAAUGAAGUUGGUAAUACCAAAGAGUUUGUGGAACUUCUUCCAGUGAAAGAUAAUGCGUACAUAAUAGGCAGUUCAAACAGUGUUGAAAAUGGAGUACAGUCUGAAAGGAAUAAAACAGACAUGAUUCUGACGCAGUUGGUGUUAAAGAAGGAAAAUGGACACCUAGGUGGUGUUCUGCCAAACAAAUCAAUAUUGCAACUGCGGACAGGGGACGCUUCGUCAAAAAUAAAAAUUGUUCGUAGUGAUUCUUAUCAACAACAUUCGGAUACGAACACAAUGUCAGGCUCGCCGUUGUUACCUCGAAGUAGAGCUUGGUCUCUUGGUAACAGACAAGGAACAAAAACUGCUUCGCAAAAUUCACACACGGGGUUAUCACCCCUGAAUAAUAUUGUUGAGUCGUUGUCGCGGUCGCGAGUGGCGCUGUACUCCAGUGCCGAUGGUGUCUGUGGAUCUGUUAUUGACAUUCAGGAAAUGCCAUUGGAACGGUCUGAAGAAAACAAAAAUAAAGACACGAAAACAUCAUUCCUCGGUAAACUCAAGGCUUCAUUUGACGUAAAUCUGUUCAAAAGUCUUCUGUUUCCGGUGUUUUUACUUAUGGCGGCCAUGCUGGCGCCAGCAUCUUAUCUACUUCCGCUGUUUUUGGCGCCAUUAUCAAAAGAUAUUGGUCUUAGUGCAGAACAAACUGGAUUACUGAUGGCAAUUAUAGGUGGUGUAGGAAUGUCCUCUAGAAUCUUGUGUGCUUUGUUUGCUGACAGAAAAAUUGUGAAAUUGACUACACUGUUGGCCGUGGUAUCAACACUUGCUGGAGUAACUGUGCACUGCGCAAGAAUUUUCAAAACAUUCCCUUCUUUAGUUUUUAUGGCUGUAUUAUUAGGAUUAUGUUGUGAAAUCUACCAAUCGAUGUAUCCCGUGAUUCUCGUGGAGUACCUGACGUUACCCAAACUGAAGAGCUGUAUCGGGUUUACGCUACUGUGUCACGGUCUAGCCAUUGCAAUUACGUUUCCUGUUGUGGGUGCAUUAAGAGAUUCAACCGGAAAUUACUACGCCUCUUAUCACUUUUUGGGAACCAUGUCGUUUGUUGGAGCUCUCUUGGCAUUGUCUUUGCCACAUGUUCAUAAACGACAGCAAAUGGAAGUUGAAGUGUAACGAUUUUGUGUUCUGCUAGGAGAAAUUCUUAAGACAAUUCUGUGUAUAGACAACUGGAAACGGGAGUGAAAAUUUGAUGAAUUUAUGAAUCUAUUGUAAAUAUAUAUGUUCAUGACAGAUUUUACUUUGCUAUGUUUAUUACAUAUUUUGUGAG